AUGAGGCGACUGAGCAACGCGCACCAGGACUCGCCCCCCCGACGCCUCCACGCCAUACUAACGUCUCCCACCACGCAUUUAGGACCCUGCGGGGCUGAGGCACUCCCCCUGCCGCCGCCACGCCCUCAGUACCGUGCGGGAAGCCGCAGCGCGUCUUCCCGUGUGAGGAGGGCACUGAGAUUGAACUUCAAAAGCAAUGUAGUUUUUUGGGUUUUUGUUCAUUUGUUUUGUACAAACUACUGUCCCAGUACUGAGGACCAGCAGCUAUGGACACUGUUUGUGACUGUACCUUGCUUUUGCUCUAGGUUUUCAGUCAAGACCUUGAUUGACCGUUCCUGCUUUGAGACGAUAGAUGACUCUUCUCCUGAAUUUAAUAAUUUUGCAGCCAUUCUGGAACAGAUUCUAAGUCAUCGACUGAAAGGUCAGAUCACCUGGUUUGGCUAUGAAAGUACUCGUAGUUUUUGGGACUACAUUCGGGUGGCUUGCCGAAAAGUCUCUCACAAUUCCAUCUGCAGUAUUGAGAACAUGGAGAAUGUUGGUUCUUCUAGAGCUAAGGGUCGAGCCUGGAUCAGAGUAGCACUUAUGGAAAAACAUUUGUCUGAAUACAUUUCCACAGCUCUGAGAGACUUCAAAACAACCAGGAGAUUUUAUGAGGAUGGAGCAAUUGUUCUUGGUGAAGAAGCAAAUAUGCUUGCUGGUAUGCUGCUGGGACUCAAUGCAAUUGAUUUCAGUUACCAUGGAAAUAAACGGGAGAUGUCACUUUCACAAUGA